CCUGGAUGGCCCUCCCACGUUUCGCCAUCCAGAGUUUCCUGCUCUCCAUCAUUGCAGCUAUUCUCUACCGCUCUGCAAGCACACAUUCCGCGUUUUAUGACGAUUCAAAGCGGAAACAUAUCCUCUUAUUAACUGCCCAUCCAGACGACGAAUGCCUAUUCUUCUCUCCGACCCUUCUUGCGCUACGUGAUGCAGCUGAGAUAUUUUCGAUGUGUGUUUCGACCGGGAGCUCGGAUGGGCUGGGGCCUAUUCGAGAGGAAGAAUUACACAAGAGUCUGGAUGUUCUUGGGGUAGAACCAUCCCACAGGUCGAUAUUGGACCACCCGGACUUACGGGAUAACAUUACCAUCUACUGGGACUCGGAGUUGCUUUCGAAUGUGGUCAAACCUUUCGUGGUGAACAACGAUAUAGAUAUCAUUCUCACUUUCGACGACCAAGGUAUAUCUGGUCAUCCUAACCACAAGUCUCUCCCGAACGCAAUGAGGCACAUGCUCCAUACUUUCACGGACUCUGAAGGUCCUCCGAGAAUCUUCAGCCUCGUAACCGUACCUCUCCCAAUCAAAUACGUCGGCAUCCUUUCUCCAAUUCUCGCGAAGAUUUACAUAUUUGGUGCUGAAGGACUAGGUGUAGGUGUAGUCAACGGUGUAUCACUACCCCAAGUCACCUUCGUUGCCGGGAUAGAUGAAUAUGUAACCGCGCUUCGUGCAAUGAGGCAGCAUUGGAGUCAGUUGGUCUGGUUUAGAUGGUUGAAUGUGAUGUUCUCGAGAUAUAUAUGGGUCAACGAAUGGGUGGAGGUUCUUCCAUAAAGUAUGGUGUUGCCACUAUCGCAAUCGCUUGUAAUUUAUCUUCCCAUCGUAGUACUAGUCGACAAUCCUAGAUUUUGUACCCAGCCCCUGAGCCAACCAACCCCGAGGCCUUCUUUACGUCUUUUCCUAAGUGACCGUCCGAACCGAGAAGAUAUCGGUGUAAAAUAGAACGCGAGGAUCGUUCUACGUACAUGAGGUUUGCAGUUUCGUGUCUCAUAAAAUAUUACAGACGUACAGUAGCGUUCCCUGCACCAGCGGGCUCAGGACUUGGUCCCUAACAGUCACCCAGAAGACAUGUCCCCAUUCUAUCUCGAUGACUUCCAAGGUGCCUGUUUUGUGUUCUUCUCCGUUUCGAUCUGAGUGACGGGUGAAACGGACAAAGGGUUGUAACUUUUUCAAAUAACUUUGUUCGAAACGGAGGUCAGGUAUAGGAGGCAUUCGGGGACGGUGACGAUGAGAAUUAUGAUGAUCUACAUGAGCAGCAACACUGCGGGGGAUAUGUGUCUGCAUGUUAUGGGAGGAAUUGUGUAUUGAUUGUGUUGCUGUAGGUUACGAGGCUGUUCGGGUGACCGGUGACUUGUGAUUCUCGCGUCACAUACAGGAAGCGUCCUGCUCAUCGACAUCCACCACCUUUAAUUUCUUAAUCCAUCGAUGAGUCUCAUCUCCAUCAUGAUCAUGAUGUAAAGAUGUGAUCACAAUUCUGGCUAUCUCAAUCCACCCGAACUGAGUUCCCUCUCACUUAGAACUUGGGAAGACCACGCACUUUUCCGCACUUUCUUAAUCAAAUUUCCACCCUCACUGGAGGUCCGCUUCUCGAAAUCCUGGGGAUUGGAACACUUUCUUUUUGGUUCAAACAUGGACUAACGAAGAUCUCUGGAAGUGUGAUAUUGAGCACAGGAACAUUCGUAAACAGAUAUGGAUUUGAAAAAGGGAUCUUUUAGCCCUUGCUUACAUGACUCGAACGCAUAUUUGGUAGCCUUGAUCACAACCAGUCAUCUCACUACUCGUUUUCAAUCUACGGCCAUGAGUUAAAUCGUGAACUUGGCGGUAUACGCAGCCACUUUACAGUGAUCAUCAUCCCGAUUAUAGGUAUCUACGGACUUAGUCCAGGGAAACGAGAACUAGUUUUGUGACUUGAUUUCCGUUUCUGUCAAAAGAUGACAGUUGGUCUGAUUGUCACCACUACCUAUGUACAUCAGGUGGCUAUCAUCAGGCGGUAUAUAUACAAGUGGGUAUCAGGUCCGUUUUUUUCCUCAACUUCUCCUCUUCUUUCACCCUCCGCGAGGGUGACCCAACCAGUUGGCAUAUAUUAUCCACGUCUGUCAGUGAAGGAUGGAUUCUGCCCUUCACACUAAUGACAUUUAUGUUCAGGCAGUUUACGAGCAUCAGGUUCAUCAAAUAUUACAGAUCUUGCCAGCUACUUUCUUAUACUGGGACCAUUUGAUUACACUUGGGUCAGAAAUUCGAUACGUGUGGUCACAUGCAAAAUCACGAAGCAGCUACCUCUUCUUGUUUCUUCGCUAUUUUGGGAUGCUUUCCAACAUCACGGUUCUUGUACUGGGAUCAUAUCCUCUGAGCCAUGAAGUUUGUAAACGUUACAGUCUUUACCGGCAAAUACUACUUGUAAUAACACAGACGGUCGUCUGCAUCCUCUUGACGUUACGAAUAUAUGCUAUCUUCAGUUGCGACAAACGCAUCUUGAAAAUUCUCUGUGGAAGUGCUGCUGCUGUACUGGGUAUGGCCGCCCGUGUACUUUACAUUCUAAUCUAGUCCUUAUGUGUCCUGUU